AUGGACACUAUUACCCAAUUGCCCGAUCAUGCUGAUGGGACAGCAUGGUAUGUAUGCCCCCGCGACGGCAUCCCUCCUCACAACGUCGAGACGCAUGAGCUGUCUUAUGUCGCCAUGAAACCGGAAGUGGAUCGAAUCAUGAACGAACAUUUCAGUGACCUUGAAACCGGUUCUUCAGAAGCGGGCCCCAGAAAUGUUGUCGUCGAUGUCCCCUACAAUGGAUCGAUCAACGCAAUAGAAGCCCCCAACGCCUCAUCGGAAGACCCUAAUGCCGCACUGAACGGUGGUCUGCUUCGCGUCCUCACCAUAGGCUCCAUGUGCAUGAUGAGCUUCAAGGCCUUGCUACAUGAAGACCUAGUCAGCCAAAGGCCCGCCGAUGUUGCCAUGGCAGACUUGAUCAAGGAUGGCUUGGUACCUGGUGCCAAGGUUCGCAAGGCCACCCUAGACGCUUCUCACAGCCAGUCCGGUGUUCUCUCCCUUGGGUCGGCGCAUACAGAGGCCAUUCUACAUGGUACCGGCGAUGCUGGCCUUACAUACCUUCAGGCGGUUGUCAACAGUGACGAUCCAUAUGACUUCAUCCCAAUCGACCGCAAAACCGUGCUCAGUCGUAUCCUUGCAAGAUCUCCCGUCAACACUCACGUUUUGGACCUGUGUAUGAGGAACGCUAAGGAUAAAAAGCGGAUGCUUGUCAUGGUCACCACGCCUUGGGAGCAACUGUGA